AUCACAAGGCGUUCUACUGAGAUGUUAUCUUGAUGUUUUGGAGUGUGUUUUCCUGUUGCUUUUAACAAGUCUUCAUUGUAAAUCUAUAUAAAUAUAAGCAGCGCAUUUAUCCAAGCUAAAGCAGCUGCUUCAUCUGUCUGAUUCGGAUAGUAUCAGUUCAUCAGGAUGCGUCUGUUCCUUGUCCUCCUGCUCGUGGCCCUGGUAGUGAUCCCGGAGUCGGACGCCUGGGGAAGGAGAAGAAGAAGUUGGUUCAGGGGCAGGCGAAUAAUUAACGGCGCAGUUCGGGUGUACCGGGUUUACAGGAGAUACAAACACAUCAUCAACCCAGCAAUCGGUGCCCUGGGCAAACGAAACACUGACGAGCUUGAUAAGAACAAGGAUGGCAAUAUUGACCAAUCAGAAGCUGAGGAACUGAUGGAAAGACGGGCAGCCGAGGAUCUUCUUUCACUUGCUGAUGAAAAUGGUGAUUCGAACGUGAGUGUGGAAGAGUUCUCGAGGAGCAUCCAUGACUUCAUGACCAUAGAUUCAGACCCACUGUUGCAAAAACAACUUGCAGAAGAGUUUGCUGAUGCAUUUGAGGAUGAUGCGGAAUAAAGCGCCAGAUCAACAUCUUUAUGAAAUGAUUUCAAUAAAAAGAUUCUUGCAAACGUAAA